UGCCCUCCUCUGGACCCACUCCAACAGCUCCUCAUCUUUCUUGUGCUAGGUGCCCCAGACCUGGUUGCAGUAUUCCAGAUGGGUUUUACAAGGGCAGAGUAGGGCGAGACAAUCACCUCCCUCACACCUGUGAAUGCUGGUUCACACCAGCACAUACAGUGAACCUUCCAAUCAGAAUACAAGAUCAGCUGGUAAAGAAAACAAACUGGAGUCUUCCCGUGGUAUGACUGAUGCUUGGCCUGGCACGAUGCAUUAGGCCUGAAGCUGUUCUGAGCAAAAAUUGCAGUGAUACAUAUUCAGGGAGAAGCAAAGGUUGUACAGCUAACCCAGCACAGCUGGGAGUUCUACCACACCAUAACUACUACCAGUUAGACUUGUACACAGGCAGGUUUCCAUACCAUUUUCUCACAACGCACACUGGAAACAAAAGUGUAGAACUUGGUGACUUUGCAGUGUGGGCUUUGGUACCUGCCACAACUUAAUUGUCUUGCGUCUGACAAAAAGGUUUUCACUUGCCCCAUGGGACAGGACGCUGCCAGCCGCUUUGUGAAGGUGCAGCUGUUACAGCCACCUCAGAGCUCUGCAGGAAGCAUCUUGCUCCUCUACUGCCAGUCCUAGACAGGUGCAGGUGAAGACUACUAACUCUGCCUCACUAGAGAUGCACACGCAAAAAGAAGCCAAUCCUAACGUAAACUACUUCCACAGGAAGGGCUUGCACUGGUGAAAUACCUGAAUACGGGCUUAGCGGUUUCUACAUCUUCCUGAAGCACAGCAGAAAGGUCUGCCCCGCACGAACGCGCUGUUGAAGGCAGCUUCACGAGCCCAAAUACGCAGAGCAUCCCAAGGGCAGAGGACAGCCCCACGCCAACCACGUCCACGCUGCUCACUGCAGCAAGCCACGGAGCGAAGCUGGGGAGGCGCCGCGCCGGGGGCGAAGGGCGUGCCCUUCGUGGGCGGGAAGGCGGAGAGGGCUCCUCCUCCUGCCGCCUUCAGUAGUGGCCCGCAAGGGCCGGGCCGCGGUGGGCGAUGAGCCAUGCACUCGGGGAACGGCACGGGAGCGACGAGCCGCCCUCAUCCCACGGCGGCGAUGCACGAGGUGCCGGGCGAGCGGCCGCUCUUCAGCGCCGGCACCUACGAGCUGCUGGCGCUGCUCAUCGCCACCAUCGGCACGCUGGGCGUGUGCAACAACUUGCUGGUGCUGGUGCUCUACUACAAGUUCAAGCGGCUCCGCACGCCCACCAACCUCUUCCUCGUCAACAUCAGCCUCAGCGACCUGCUGGUGUCCGUCUGCGGCGUCAGCCUCACCUUCAUGUCCUGCCUGCGGAGCCGCUGGGUGUGGGACGCCGCCGGCUGCGUCUGGGACGGCUUCAGCAACAGCCUCUUCGGAAUUGUUUCAAUUAUGACUCUCACAGUUCUUGCUUAUGAACGCUACAUUCGAGUAGUCCAUGCAAAAGUGAUUGACUUCUCUUGGUCUUGGCGGGCUAUCACAUACAUUUGGCUUUAUUCAUUAGCCUGGACUGGAGCACCUCUUUUGGGCUGGAACAGAUACACACUGGAAAUUCAUGGAUUAGGUUGCUCGAUGGACUGGAAGUCAAAAGACCCCAAUGAUACCUCCUUUGUGCUACUUUUCUUCCUUGGCUGUUUGGUAGCACCUGUUGUGAUCAUGGCCUAUUGCUAUGGCCAUAUUCUAUAUGCAGUAAGAAUGCUUCGAUGUGUGGAAGAUUUUCAGACUUCUCAAGUGAUUAAGCUACUAAAAUAUGAAAAGAAAGUGGCUAAAAUGUGUUUCUUAAUGAUCUCUACCUUCCUUAUUUGUUGGAUGCCUUAUGCAGUGGUCUCCCUCCUUGUAACAUACGGCUAUAGCAACCUUGUAACUCCCACAGUAGCUAUCAUCCCAUCUUUCUUUGCCAAGUCAAGUACUGCUUAUAACCCAGUCAUCUACAUCUUCAUGAGUAGAAAGUUUCGACAAUGCCUUUUGCAACUCUUGUGCUUUCGCCUGAUGAGAUUCCAGAGGACCAUGAAAGAGCCCUCAGGAGCAGGGAAUGUCAAACCAAUACGACCUAUAGUAAUGUCUCAGAAAGUAGGGGACAGGCCAAAGAAGAAAGUGACAUUCAGCUCCUCCUCCAUCAUUUUUAUUAUCGCCAGUGAUGACGCUCAUCAAAUAGAAGAUAACAGCAAACACAAUGGGACAAAAGUAAAUGUCAUCCAAGUAAAGCCACUAUAGGGAUGAGAUAAAGAGACAUUAGAAUCUGAUAGACUCCAGCCAGCAACUGUUUGGGCUGAAGAUCACUGGUUUCAGUGAUAGCGCCAGUGAUUUGCCAAAGGAAGCUGUAUUAAGAUGUGAAGUACUGAAGUAAUUCUGCAUCAGAAGCUCUGUAGGCAGUUCACUUUUGGUCACAAUAUAGAAAUCUUCACAUCUGUGCCAAACUUGAUGAAUGUUUUUACUCUGAAUUUUCUUAAAGCUUAUCAUAGUGUUUAAUGGAUUGUACCCUACCUGGAGGCCAGUAAGGAGAGGAGUCCUGCAGUGGACUGUGCUGGGCCUUGUCUGUCUUUAUCAAUGACCUGGAGAAGUGACAAGUGUAUUCUUGUCAAUUUUGAAGAUAACACUAAACUGGGCAUGAGCAAUCUUUAGGCUCAAGGACAGGACUGCCAUUCUGGAGAACAUGGUCAGGCUGAAGGAAUGAGCUGACAGAAAUGUUACUAAAUUCAACAAGGACAAGCGCAGAGUCUUGUGCUUGGGGUACAGUCAUGUGCAGCACAGCAGGAAAGGCCCUGAAUGCCUGGGAUGUAGCUCUGUGGAAAAGGACCUGAACUCCUUCUGAGCAACAAGCAGGGCAUGAGCCUGCAAGUGCGCCCUGGGAACAAGGCAUUGAACUGGCUUUCUGGGCUGUAAUGACAACAGCAGAGCCUGAUAGGUUGAGUGAAUUAUGCCUCUCAACUCAGAACUCAUUACAUCACAUGUACACUGCAUUCAAUUUUGGAACCUCUAAUACCAUAAAGGCACCUGUAAACUGGAGUGAAUUCAUUGGGUCUGCCAAAAUUGUCAGGAUUUGGAGCACUUGGCUUGUGAGGAGAGGCUGGAGCAGUUGCAUUUGAGAAGCCUGGAGAAAAGAAGUCUUCAGGGGAAUAUAAUAGUAACCUUCCAAUAGUGAUGAAGAGGUUUUCAAGAAGAUGGAACCAGGCUGUUCAGGGUGAUGCAUACUGAAAGGAUGAGAUUCAGACAGGAUAUAAAGAAAAGCUUUUUAACCCUGAGGACAGCCAAGUAAUGUAACAGGUUAGACUAGAGAAUUCCGAAGGUUCCUUCAGCCUGAUUCCCUAAACUGCCAGUACUUCCAGUGCACAGAGUUCUUAGGAAUGGGGGAGGAAUAUUUGAAAUUGGCUGGAGUUUAGUUUGUCUUACUUGAUGCUUUGCAGGGGAGAAAAAAAGAAGUGAUAUCCACAAUGACUGGGGCAGUGGUUAAACCAAAAGCCACCUAAAGGUUAUCCAUCUGUACUCAGCAAGCCAUUCUCUUCUUGCUCCCUGGUAGAACUUCUGAACUCUGUUGUGUGAAAAAAAUCAUACAAAUCAAAGCUCCAAUGAAAAACAGUCAGUGAAAAAGGACAAUCAUUUUUGUUUUGUUUUUACUUGUUUGUUUGUUUGUACUUUAUGCGUCAUACAGGAGCCUCAUGCUAUAUUAAUACAAACCUGCUCAGGCACUUUGGCAAAAGUAAUGGCUAAAGAAGAGUAGGGGAACUUUUGCCUACAUUGUAGUGUGGGUAAUGAUUGUCCUAUUUAUUGUCCAGUAAACAGAACAGAAACAGAUUUUUCUCACCUUUGUAAAUGCUGAUCAUACCAAAUGACAGCAGGAUUCUGCUCUGGACAGGGCUGCCUGUCAUGUUGGAUGAAUAAGUUUGAGAACUAAUUUUGAGUUGUGGGAGCUGAUUCUCCAUCACAUCCGUUACACUGAUGUGAUUUAUUUGCUUCAGUCUAAUAAAUGGGCAAUGUGGGUCUGCAACAUACAGCUUUUCCAUCUUGGUGAAAGCUAUGACAGAAGCUAUUAAGCAACUGCUUGCUUCCUCUAGGGGUAAAUCUUUGAGAGGUAUAAGAACUAUGUGAAGAAUAACUGCCAGGACCAGCAGCCAUUGAUCUCAUGGUCAAGAAUAUAACUUCAAAUAAAGGAAAAUCAGACCCCAAAUACAGAUCCGUUUGGCCUCAAUCACUGAGGAUAUCACGGUGUUCCUGGGAGUAGGGACUGAUGACUUCAACUCAAAAGACAUGUUUGUGCAUGUGCUUUUGAAGAGGCAAAUUACUUAUACAUGCACUCCUUUAGAGCAUCAGCACUGGCAUUCUGGUUCUGCAUCAUAUUUAAAAGUACAUCUGGAGUCCACUCUGUUUCCUAGAUUAAAUCACAAGCUAAGGGAAAACAUGAAAAUUACUCAUUUUUUUCAUGUUAUUUUUGUUUUGCUAUAAAUGCAUAGACAAGUUGUCUUAGGAUGUCAAGGGUUUACCCUUACAAAAAGCAUGUUCAUUUCAGUGUCAACAACUUUGUUUUCAGCCAGUGAUCACUAUAUCUAUGCACUUUUGUAUUUACAAAAAGUGUACCCUAGCAUUGCAUACAGUAAUUCCACCCUUUUAACAAAACGUGAUAUUUUAGCUUUUUAUGUAUAUUGAGCUUUCAGUAAGUGAUUAAAUUUAUCUUAUUUAUAUUAGUGUGUUCUCAGUGAAAUAUUUUUUCCCACAGAGAGGAAGAUGUUUUGAUAUCACCACUUGUUGGAGGCAGCUUGAAGGGUAUCGUUAGACACUGAAAAAACAAUAGCAUUUCAAGAUUGCAGUUGAUAUUUUGUAGAAAAAAUAUGAAUUUGUCUUAAAGAGAAACUGUUCAGAUUUCUGAAGGUAAAAUUUAAGUAAUUCAGAACACUGUAUUUGGAACUUUUAAUAAUUCGUGUAAGACACGAUACUUACUGUGACAAUGCCCUGAACAAUUAAAGUUAUAUUACAAUAUGGGAAAGCUAAUCAAUAAGAACUACUAUAAAUUUGUUAUUUUGGCUACUUCAUGUAAAUCGGUGGCCUAAAAUGAUAGAAUUUCUAAACUGUUUCAAGUAACUUGUUCUUGCAGCCCUGUAAAAGUCACUAGCUUUACCAGUGAUGCUGUGCACAGUUAACAUGCUGCAGUCCUAUUUACUGAUAUUUUAAGUGCAACUGUUUCCUGUAAGUAUCUGCAGCACUGACACAAAAUUCACACCCUGCUACAGAAUUUAAGUAUUGUAAUGUUUGAUCUUGAGAGCAUCACCAGAAAUUAUAAUUAUUAUUACUAUUAUUUUACUAUUUGUUAUCACUUUUUAAUUUCAAAUCUUUCUUUGGUCUGUUCUGAGGAUGAGUUGUAAAUUGCUAGUUUAUUCUAGCAGAGAUGCAGAGACCUUUCUCUCCCAUUCCAGGGAAUGGAGAAAGAAGACACAGCACUGAGAUCUGGAUCAUUAGCUGUUCCUAAAGUAAUAGAAAUGCAAAGAAAGAAGAAAAAGAGGAGGAAGUAUGAAGGACAAAAAAAAAUGGGAAGAGAAGGAUACACAGUUUCUGGAGGUGCUGAAUAAACUGGUUGAUAAGAAUUUUCAUGAUCCCAUCAAGCAAAGAGAAGCAGCUGUAUCCUGACAUCUUUGAAGACAAUUAGAAUCAUUAAGGCUGGAAAAGACCUCUAAAAUGAAUUUCUUUCAACACAAUUUCAUUCAUUUUUUUUGCAUUAGUGGGAAAGUAUGCAUGAUGAUGUUGCUAGAAUGUUGUUUGUUUGAAAUGCAGUAGCCCAAAACAGUGAAAUUGUCUCCUAACAGCCAGUGCAUCAGCACUCUGCUGAGAUACAUUUCUAUGUCUUCAUGUGCUGUGUUUUGAACCAGCCAUGAACCUAAGGCUGUGUGUCCAUGGUCCUGCCAACACAAGGCCUCUGCUGCUGCCCUAGAUUUCAUGGAGACUGGAAACUAUGGGAUAUUUGAUGCAGAUCUGCUGCAGCUUUAUGACCACCUCCUUUUUCAACCCCUAGAAUAUGCUAGGUUUAUGCUGAAUGUAUAUGUCUUCAUGCAGAAAAGUUGGGUUUAUAGUACUGAGAUAUUAUCUUUUACCACAGUGAUUAAAUCUGUCAGGCAAUCAGUAUUCACAAACAUUAUCCUUUGUGCAUCUGUCCCUUCCAUAACAGCAGUAGCAGAGGAUGCUGUUUCCUGCCAAAAUACUGCAGCAACAGCUAAGAGAAAUGGGUAUUGAAGUGUUUUGUAUUGUUCUUUCUGGAUGGUUUAGCACAGCUUUUAAGAAUAUAUUAUUCUGAGCUUAUGUCAACAGCCUUCGUCUCAAUAACAGAAUUUGACUGUACGUUAUUAAUAGGUAAAAGAAGAAAAAAUCUAAUAAUGAUGGCAAAAGAUUUCACAAAUUUCUAUUUGACCCACAAAUGAACAGCUCAGUUUGCAAAUAUCUGCUAUUAGUUAUUUAAGAAUCUUUUUCAAGGAGUGAAAGACACCUGCAAAACCUCAAGCAGUGCUAGUGCCUGCAAUUCUACCCUGGACGCAACAGCAAUAUCAAGGCAAUAUGAAACAAAAACAUGGUGUGAAGUUUUGGGAUUCAAAGAAAUGGGAGGAUGGAGCAGAGGAGGAAUAGGAGCAGAGAACUAUGUUUGUAGUUGAGGAUACUUUUCCACAGGGCUGGAAAGUGAUGAUGCUUUUGUCUUCGAUGAUACAAGGAUCCGCUCAUUUCAUCAAGAGUAGUACCCAUCAGUGCUGAUGUGCUUUGGAAAGCCUCUUCUUUAAAAUACAAAGAGAGUGCAUCCAUUUAUUGGAAGAAAAUAAUUUGAAAAAUCAAGAGUCAAAGAUCUGUGAAAUUAUUUUGGAAGAUACUACAAAGUGGAAGCCUAAGAAAACAAUUAGCUACUCUUUUCAGAUCUUAGUGAAUAGAAGUGGCAAUGGAAAAAGAAGCAAUCAGCAGUAUAGAAUUUUUUACAUUAUGUUUUGCAGAAAACUUUGAAAAAAAAUGUUUACACUAUAAAAGUAUAAAUAUCUUAAUGGAAAAGGUUCAAGAAAAAGAACAUAGAAGAAUAAAAGAUUUGUAGGCCUGGGUGAUGUGCACAGAAGAGCACUGAAGGAUGUGGAACUUGCUUUUCUGAGCAGCAAAGAUAUAUUCAGUAGCUUGAAACGAGAAGAGGGAGGGCUUGGGCAUGGCAAUUUGUGUUAAUGGUAUUAUGUGGCAUUAAUGUAAACUAUGCUGAGAAUUAAUGCCCGUUUCACCACAGUUAAGGAGCCCUAUUUCUGACUCCUUGAAAGGAAAAGAGGAGGGGGUGAGGUAGGAACAGUUCUCUGUCUCUCUCUCUGUCUCUCUCUAACAUAUUAAUAUUGAAGAUUUACUUGUAACAAAUUAAAUCUAAAGAGGAAAUUAAAUUGAUUUUUCACUACAAAUUAGAAUUCAGGCUAUUAGCUACAGGCUCAGCAUCAAGCGCAGCCUGGACCUGGCUCUUCUACCAGGUGUUUCAUUGAAUUUUCAACAGUGCUUUUACCCCCUCUUGUGGUUAGCUCAACACCUACAAUAGAAGAAAGAUCCUGUCUGCAUAAGACGUAUGUUUUCCUUAUGCACUUUUCCUGUGUAUGAGAAGAUUCAGUAGGUCUGUUUAAGGUCAGUUGUAUUUUGGUUCUGUUGCAUGUGACUCUGUAUUGGAAAAAUAAUGGGAAUGACAUGUCUGUAAAUGAUAGGAAAUCUGGUCUUUCACUGUGGUAGUUGGAAGAGGUAAUGUCUUUGCAUAUUCUGGUAGAAGGCUGCUUUUUAUAGACUGUGUAGGUGUGGUGCUGGAGCAGUGUGUGAAAGUGUGUCUAAAUCCACUUUUUGCCUUGCUGAAACUUUCUCCAGAGGAAAGUAGGAUUUAGGUUUACGUGAGGAAGGACAGUUAGCCACAGUGUUUUUUCACCUGUCUUUUUUAUAGAUAGGAGAUUGAAACUAAGGCCAGGAUAUGGUGUAAACUUAAUAAAUCUUAUUUAAUAGGCCUGGUAUGUAGCAGAAAUGAUGCUUGCUACCACCCUCUUCUUUAUACUGACUGAUUUUCUAUUACAUUAGUGAAUUUCUGGAUGUAACUGAAAUGGAAUUUUGUUUCAAUUAUGAAUGGAUCUAAGACAGAAAAUAAGAAAAUACUCUUUGUUUUUACAUAUAUCUUUGUCCUCAUGGUUUAUCUAAUUGACUAGUAUCAAUAGACACUCAAUACACUGUGCCUUUUCUUUGGUUUGCUGUGCUGGAAUGAGUGGUGUACUGAGUGCAUGAUCUAGGCCAUGACUGAUGUCUUGAAUUGUGUCUGUUCAAAUUCCAUCUGAAAUUGCCUUUUACUAAGGCAUGCUGAAGCAUUCAGAAAGAGACACAAAGUCAGGCAAUAUGCCAAAUUCCUUAUGUCAAACAUGCAAGAUUGUCUAGAUAAUAAAAUUUAUUUUAUCACAAUUUCACUAACAUUUGUCUACCAGCUGGGUCUGAGGAAAACUUAAGUUAUGAUUUAUGUGCUAUUGAAUGUGAAUUCUAAUUAUCCUCCUUGAAUUAAAAUAUAGAAGAGACGUUUGUCCACUUCUGAAUUCUCUUUCAGCACUGAGCUUAUAUGAUCAUUUGAGUAGAUAGUAUUUAUAUACAUGACACAUAACAUCAUUCUAAACUUCCAUUUCAUAUGCCAGCUUCUUUUAAUCAUGAAUCACUCAUUUGUAGAGAUAGUUGUAACAGAAGUAUUUUCUUUGAACCUCUCAGAAAACAAUGAACCUUUAUAAAUCAUGGAAAUAUGUAUGCUCAGUUGCCUGAAAAUUUUUAAAUGAGAUGAUAGUAGAUCAGGAGAAGGCAAAGAUGUAGGUGUGGGAAGACAUUUUUUUUAUAAACACUAGAACAACGUCUGAUCUAAAGAUGCUAAAUGAAAAAGUAGUUCCAGUAAUGUAGAUAUUUAUGGUUACACAAAAUUGUUCACCUCAAGAAUACUGGAUGUAUUUAAAAUUUUAAAUAAAGCUUAGCUAUAGCCAUCUUCUUUUCCUGCUCUGAAGGUACUUCUAUUAAAGUUAAUAGCAUGUCUGGUCUCCAGAGAAUUGCUAUGAAAUGGACUGACAGUGGAGAACAUUUGCUUUGGUAACUGUGUUGAAACAGCUUAUUGGUUUCUAUUAUUGGAACAAUGUGUGAUAGAAUAAUAAUCAUAUUUGCUUUGCGUUUCCUCUAACUACAUUUUGUACUUCCAGAUCAGAGUACUGUUGUAGAAGACACUCAGCUUUUAAAUUUGGGAGAACAUAAACUGCCAGUUUCCAAGGUGAAAUGAGAAAUCAGUGAUUAGAAAUAGACACAUUACUGCCUGAAGUGGACAGAACGUUUCCCCAGAACAGUAUGUCCCAACCCUUACCUUUCAAAUGCUAUCUCCUAAUAACUGGUUCUUGAGACAUUAAAAAGAGACAUAUAAAUGAUGAUGUCUUUCUCAGAAAGAUAAUGAAACACAAAAGAAAUUAUGUUCUAAAUCGUCUAAUAUAGGAAAAGUUGCUAACAAUGUACCCCUUUAUGUACUCAUUUACUCUUUGAAAUUGAAUUUUUAGACUAACAAGGCAUUACUUUUUCUGAGUGAAGGCCUCUGCAUUUUCCUAUUUUUCUAUUUUUCAGCUGGUCAUAACACUCUUUCAUUAAGAUCUCAUUUUUUUCUAACAGAAAGCCUCAAAUAUGUCUUUUGGUGAGUAAAAAGGGAAAUACAAUAUAUUUCUUGAGAACUCCACCUUAUUACAAGGAGGUGUGGGAAGACAGCAUCAACUCGGCUGUGGGGAAAUUGGACUGAACUGAGAUCUACAGAAAUUUUUAAGAGGAUGAUGUAAAGUGAGACUGGCAAGUACUUUAAAUCUUUAAAGUAAGCAUAAUGUAUCCAUAUGCUUACUUUGCAAUUAGUACACAGUUAUAUCUGAAUAUAAGGAAUGAAUUAUUCCUAAGAAUAUUGCAAUUUUCUUUGGAAACAGCUUGACAUGUGCACUGAUUACAUAGCAAGACUGUAUUUAUCUGAAGAAGGCAUCACCCUGCAGAGGGAGCCAUUGGGUUAUCAAGCCAAGCAAAAUGAUGACAUUUUUAUUGCUGGAGUUUGACUUAUUUUUGUGGUCUUGAUAGUUUGUUUAUAUAUGUAUAUGUAUAUAUAAAUAUAUAUAAUGUUAUUAUUUGCAUGAUUACUUACGAACUAUGUAUGUUUCUUCAGGUUUUGCUAUGGUUUGCAAUGUCCAUCUCCUUUAACUGUUCUUCCUAGAGGUGAAGAUAACAUGCUUAAUGGUUUCUCUGCAAACGAAAAAAGAUAGGAGAAAAGGUCCGUCCUGUUCUAAAGUAGCAAGGACAAUGCUUAAUUUGUAUGACAUACAGCCUGUCUCACAAGAGUACAAGUUAUCUGAAUAUCAUAUCUGGGUAUACAAUGCUCUGUGUGAAUGGAAGCAGCAUUCUGCUGUGACAGAAGAAAUGAGUUGCUUUCAUGUAAAAGAAGAUGCUCACCACCAACAUGCAUAGAGAAGAGCUGGUCAUUUCUUGUGUUGGUGUGAGUCCUUGCAUUCUUUUGCAGGUCCAAAUAUGAGAUGCUUUAAUCCACUAUAACUUUAUUUUGUCCAAAGCUCCCAUCCAAGGACUUAGGUAUUGAGUGUCUAUACAGUAUUGCUGCCUAACAAGAAGCAUUUAGUAUACUGUCUCGUUUGUCUCUACAAUGUAGUUUUUAAAAAAGCCUAAUCCUCUCUAAAAUUAUAUCCACGAUAAUGUCAGCAGAACAUUCUCCUGAUUCCACAGUUGCAAAGAUCAUCUCUGUCAUACAAUGUGACCAGAGAGUAGAGAGCCAGGAAAAGCUGUUUGUGGUUAGAAGGUUUUCAAGUUUUCUUUGAAGCAGCUGAAAGAUGAGGUCAUGACUUUUGACAAGUAAAGCAGUCACCCUCUUCACAGGAUAGGAUCUGGCUGUCAUAGGGGGGUGCAGGUCUCCUGUUGGACCUAUUGUCAAACUUAUCAGCCAUUCCUGGAUGUCUUGAAUACCCUGGAGAAUCCCAGGUGCCGGAAGGCACCUCCGUAGCUGCAUACGUACAGAGAAAUGUCUCCACUGGCUACAACACAGUUUAGUGGGGAAAUAUUGGUGGUAGAUGGACAGUUGGACUAGAUGAUCUUGGAAGUCUUUUCCAACCUUGGUGAUUCUACGACUGUACACUUAGUCCAUACUGAAGUAACUAAAUUGUAUACAUCCAAAUACAGGUGUCUGAAUUUGGGCUUUAAUCUUCCACUGCUCAGCUCUUGAUCAGGGUGAUUCUAUCACUUAAACCUGAUGACUCCUGUUUCCUUCCCCUCUCCGCUUCUCUUGCCUCUUUCUUUCUUUCUUCAGUAGGAUACUAUAAACUUUACCUGGACAGCUUAAUUCCAUGGCAGCUAAUCACCUAGCAUCUAUGCUGUCAGAUGUAAAAACAGUUUAUCCAGAUGCAUGAUCUGCCAUGCAACAGAUGUUACACCAUGAAAUGAAGAGUAUCUUGAUCAGCUCAUUCAUGUAAAUAAUGGGAUUAUGACCAGGGAACUGUGUAAGGAGCAGAAGAUUGACUUCAAUGUGUUGGAAACAAUGGUAGCAAUGUUAGAAUAUCAAAAAGUGGGUCCCACGAAUGCUUGCGCAGGAAUAGAAAGAACACUGUAUGCAAGUUUGUCAGGGCCUAUUGUACCAGUACAAGUCUGAAGGUGACAGUUUCUUGGAUUCACUCAUUACCAGUGAUGAGAUGUGGCGUCAUCACUCCGAGCUGGAGUUAAAAUAGUAGUCUGUGGAGUAGCAACAUGUGAAUUUCGCAUCAAAGAAAGAGUUCAAGAUGCAACCCUCAGUGAGUAAAGGGAUGUGCAUUCUAGUUUUCCUAGAGUCCAGAAAAACCAUCAACUCAGACGGUUUGAAGACUGCGGAGGGCAUUGCCAGUCUUUCCUGGAGUGUCCUACACCCCCUGUAUAGUCCUGAUUUGUCACCUUCUGACUUAUAUCUGUUUGGGCCAGUGAAAGAUGGAUUAUGUGGGCAACAUUUUCCUUGUAACGAUGCUGUCAUAGCAGCUGUGAAACAUUGGGUUGCCUCCGA